AUGGCCACCAAAUCAAGCGAGAAGGCGACAAGCGCCAUGUCCAAGCUAUCACUCGACUCCCCCAAGUCCAAACCGGCCGCCAAGACAAAGAAACCCGUUGUUGCCGACUCCUGGGAGGACGAGUCCUCGGGCGACGACGAGAACGGCGAGAACGCUGCAUCCAUGAACCAACAGCAAGACCUUGACACCUCCAAGGCGAGAUCCUCGUCCUCGGGCUUCGCCGCUCCGCCGCCCACCCCCAGCUCGCCGAGCUACAGCUCCGGUGCGCCGUGGCAGUCGAUGAUGGGCGGGCCAGACUCGCCUGACACAGCUGCGAAGCGGCCGGAGAAGACGGACGCCGUGGCGCGGCGCAUGAUUGCCAGCGCGCUCGGGGUCAAGGCGCCGCGCCUGACGGAGGAGCAGAAGGCGUACGAGCGGGCCAUGCGGGACAAGGAGCGCAAGCGGCGCGAGGAGGAGAAGGAGCAAGAGAGGCGCAAGGCCGAGGAGGCCGAGCGGGCCAAGAUCGCAAUGUGGGAGGAUUGA